AUGAAGCGUGGGAGGGUGGUGUCAUGGGCUGAUAUGGAGGCCAUAUGGAGCUAUGUUUUCAACAUGCACGUGAAGACCCCCUCAUGUGAGAGCCCGGUUUUACUGACUGAGUUCCCCUUGACCACCCAGUCGGACAGGGAAAAGACCUGCAGGAUGAUGUUCGAGGGGCUGGGUGUCCCUGCAUUGUACCUGGCCCCUCAGUCGCUCCUGGCCCUGCUGUCUUCAGGCAGGGUGACCGGCUGUGUGGUGGACUGUGGCUACGACGUCACCCACGCCGUCCCAGUUUUCGAGGGCCACUGCCUCCCCCACGCUGUGCGUCAGCUGGGCCUGGGAGGGCAGGAUGUCACGGCCCACCUGGCUCUGCUGCUGAAGGAGUCCGGAGCUCAGUUUUCCUGCACCACACAGGAACAUGACACAGUGACCAACAUCAAGGAGCAGAUGUGUUAUGUAUCCACUGAUCCCUCCUCAGAGACAGCCACAACCAUCAUCGGCAGCGCCGAGGUGGACUACCAGCUCCCCGACGGACAGAUGCUGAGGAUUGGCAGCGAGAGGUUCGGGGCGCCCGAAAUCCUCUUCUCUCCUCAGACUGUCCGCAUGGCAACACAAGGCAUCCCCAGUCUCCUGGUGAGCUCUGUGUUGGAGAGCGAUGCAGACCUGUGGCAGCUGCUCCUAGACAACGCCGUCCUUGCCGGGGGCUCCAGCCUCCUUCCCGGGAUGGGCCACAGACUGAGGGAGGAGGCCUCGGCUCUGGCCCCGCCAGGAGACCGCGUGGGGCCAGUUCCUGUGAUGGAUACUGCCUGGCUGGGGGGCUCCCUCCUGUCCUCUCUCUCCAUCUUUGGAGACAUGUGCAUCAGUGCCUUGGAGUACCAGGAGAUGGGGUCCAACGUGAUCCAUCACAAGUGCUUCUGA